AUGUCACCUGAUGUGACAUUGAUCAUUUUCCAGCAUUUGAGUAUUCAAGAAAUAUCGUCUGUUUCUCAAGUCUGCAAAGCAACGUUUGCAGCAAGCCGCAACCCUGACCUGUGGAAAAUGAAGUUUCGAUCACGUUGGAACUUUAGAGUAUCUGGAAACGAUGUAGACUGGUUUCUUACAUUCGUGAGUGCCUAUCGCCAUUGCCAUGACUUGUGGGUGACACAUUGGAAUGUUGUCUAUCCCUGUGAUGCCCUAUCUCCUGGCCGUUGUUGCAUCCAGCGACAUGAUACAUUCAGUGACAAGACCGAAGACAAGAAAUUUAGCAGUCAACAAACACUAUCUCCAUUUCAUCGUUUCGAUGACCCGAAAGAAGCGUGUAACAUACCCGAUGUGGUAGAAACAAGAGCUCAAGCCAUAGGGGUAGCAACUGCGCUUCGACUGCGACAGCAUUCAGAGUUGAACAUAACUGAGUACUCGUCUAAGCGAGCAAGACGUACAUUUUCGAGGUCUUCAACGAUGGAUAGGAGAAUUUCAGCUCAGCAAUUCGACGUUCAAUCACUCAGCUUUCUUACGGACGUUCUAUUCUUCAAUGUGCACUCAAAUCCUGACGAACUAUUGCAACUGGAAGAAAGGUUCUCAAAGUCAGAGCCAAUAGACAUUGACGACUCUGAGAAGUGCUUGCACAGUUGGCAUCUAGUUCAUUUCUCGAAUCCAGAUUUCAAUAAACCGAUGAGAUGGCGUGUUGCAGUGCAAAGGCCUGAUUGUUUUACAGUCUAUCCAUCUGAAGGAUACUUGCAGCCUGGGGAAUCUCAAGUGGUUGUAUUUGGUGUUACGCCUUCUGCUUCACUCCUGGUUCAGUCAAAAUUCCAGCUUGUUAGCGAGUGUAUCAAUUUGGAUACUCACUCUGGUAAGCAGGAAGCUUCUUCGUCCCACAACAUGCCGCGAAACCCCUUCCAGAUUCAAUAUCAGUAUGUGACGCCCAUUCCUUGUAACAUGUUUCACUGUGGACGUGGUCAUCGCACUCAACUCUCCCAGCAGAAUCUCCAUCCCAAACUGCGAAGUAUUUGGGACGACCUGUCAGCAUCACAUCUCGGUAUUCGAACUUUGAAUAUAUCAGCUCAUGUUCACAGUUCCUUUCCACUUUGUGAGUUCCGAAGGAACACUCUUUUUCCUCCUUUCGACUUAAGCUCGUCUUGCAAUAGACUUCAUCUAUUUUGCGCCCCCAGACUAAUGUAUUUGGAUCCCACAAGCUGGAGGGAUCUAGAAAAUAUUUCGAUGGAAGUUGAAGAAUCUGUAAGGGGCAAAAUUUAUCGGACAGAAGGCCCCUGUACCAAUUCGGGCCUUUUCUGGGGUGAAAGGCUUGAAGAAUUGGCCAAUGCGUUUGUUGUCGAGAAAAUAAACUGUGAAAUCCAAAAAGAUAGACGCAAUAAGAAAACGAAGCUGUCGGGAGAAUUAAUCAGAAUGCUGAUUGAUCAUAAGGAAAAGAGUCUUUCUGAUGAAACUAUCGAGUCAGCCUUCUCCGUGUUUAAAAAGAUGAUCAUGGAGUACCAAGAUGCCAGGUGGUUGUCACGAAGGCAGUUUAAAGUCUUCGCCGAAUGGAAGUCAGUCAUUCAUCAAAUCAGCAAGGAAACAGGAAACGACAGCCCCUCCUUGGCACUUGAAGACACCCCAACACAAAGUGAGGUGCGCCAGAGUAAAGGUGCAAAACGACAAUUGGAUUUGACUUCAGGAGAGCGAUACGCUAGUUUUAUGGAUGGAUUCGAAGGGAACCCAAUCCAUGGUCUCAAAUUGGCAGCCAAGAUCAUUUCUGAUCCCAAGACGGUUGCGUCGCUUGGGGUAUACGAAAGGAUAAGGUACCCGGGAACACUCUGUAGACGCUCACAAAUCCCCUGCCUCCCAGAUUUGAUUGUUCCAAAUCUCCGAAUGCCCAAGAUGAAACUCAAGGCACUUAUAUUUUCGCGGCAGAAAUUGGAGUAUUUCAAGGCGAACAAUGCCCUAGACUUGGAAGCCCUGUGUUUCGUGGAUAGCUUUUGUCGACAUCACGCAGCCAACCAUUGCAUGAACGAAUUGUCUCCACCAGAAUUUCUGGGAUGCACAAAGCCUCCUGAACCAGAUGAAAUAUCCGCUUGUUCGAAAACUGAAAGUGAAGAGCGCAAGGAUAGUAACAAUGCUCAUACUGCUACAGCCCCAGAAACCAGGGGUACGGAGGAGCAGCCGCGCAAUAACGCUAUGGCAGUACAGCGAAACGGUGGACAUCGAAGGAUUCCAAGACUGCUACGAUUGUUCGUCUAUCUAUCAACUCGUCUAGGUUUGUUCGCGGAAAAUGCAACAAACGUUUCUCCAAGGUUCAUCGAUCGACGGGUUUUGAUCAGCAUUCAUUGGAUAUCGAUCUCUUGGAUGGCCGUGCCUCUGGUUUCAACAUUAUUCGCCCGUUACGUCAUGCUGGUCCCUUCAACUCCAGUUGACUAUAGUCUUGAAGGCUUGCCAUUCAGCGUCGAAAAUAAACUCAGAUAUCUUACAGAGCACGAGUGCGGAUAUGCCGCAUUUGCUGUCGCCAUUGUAUGGCUGGUUCUUGGUCGCUGGAUUGAACGCUACACUGGUCGCAGCUAUCUUCGAGGCAUGCUGGAGCAUCAGUUGACAAUUGACAAAUCUAGCAAGUCUUUCUACGUGAAACGCUUUCAAAGAUGGUACAUGAGGGUGUGGGAUACAAUUUGCCCCCUCUUCCUGCAGCGAUUGGUUUUUUUGGUACCUUGGAAUCGCCGAAAGCCAAAUGAUGUUAUGAAGCAUGCCGUUUUCUGGCGUGGUCUAGUAUCACUGGAACAGCAAACUACAUUCGACGCUAGAAAGGGCCAUUCACCAAUCCUGCUGACAUGCGGUGACCCAAAAAUAGACAUUGGAGAAGAAUCAAACGGUUGCAAGGCAUUUGUGGGCAUUCUUGUUGCAUUUGGUUCAUUUUGGAUUUCAAGUCCUCACAUUUUGCUAAAUGCAAUGAGUAUCUUCACGACUGGCAUGAGCUUGGGAGUGGGCAUUUCACUUCAGCCAAUGGAAGUUGGGCGAGAUGAGCUAACAUAUCGAAAAACUGGUUCGUUUUUAAAGACAGUCAAUAUGACCACCGUGGUUCAAUUGAGCUGUUUAGUGGGUCAGAUGGUUGGUAGCUCUGGGGGCAUUCUGUUCUUAGCUGAGUUCAUUGUGACUUCAGUUAGCAUACUUCUGGGUGGUGCUGGCACCAUGUCUAUUGACACGAUGCAAUCAUGGUUUACGUUUGUUUUUUAUUCAACCUUUGCUGCGUUUGGCUAUGCCAUUGGUAGAGCAGCUAUCGAACGAGGAAUCAAGCAGCAAAAGCACUGUCGAUCGUUGAUAUUUUUAUUCGUAUCAAUUUGCUUAGCAUCUUGCGCUGUCUGCAUUCCCUGGGAGUUCCCAGUGCCGUUGAUCAUUCAUCGACCCGCAAUCGGGAAUCGAUCUGAGCAGGGAAGCAUAUACAGCGCAAAACACUUGCAGUGA